GCCGCGGGGCGGCGCUACUCGCCAUGCUGCCGGCCGCCCUCGGUCGCCGUCACGCGCAUCUGGCGUGGCGCGGCAAGCCGAGUGCGCGCCGCCGCCGCACCCCGGAGGCGGCCGUCGACGCCCUGGUGCGCAACGUCGGCAUCAUUGCACACAUCGACGCUGGCAAGACGACGACGACGGAGCGACUGCUGUACUACAGCGGCGCCAUCGCGGCUAUGGGAGAAGUGCACGACGGCGCGGCCACCAUGGACUUCCUGGAGCAGGAGCGAGCGCGCGGCAUCACGGUGGGCGCGGCGGCCGUCUCGCUGCCCUGGCACAACCACCGCAUCAACCUGAUCGACACGCCCGGCCACGCCGACUUCACGCUGGAAGUGGAGCGCUCGCUGCGCGUGCUGGACGGCGCCGUGGCCGUUCUGGACGCGGCGGCCGGCGUACAGGCGCAGACACUCACCGUCUGGCGACAGUCGGCCCGGUACCAGCUGCCCGUGAUUGUGUUCGUCAACAAGAUGGACAAGGCGAACGCCGAUCUUGCGGCGUCGCUGCGCUCGGUGGAGGAGCGGCUGCGCGUGCCGCCGCUGCUGACGCAGCUGCCACUCGGCGUCGGCGCCCAGUUCCGCGGCGUCGUCGACCUCGCCACCAUGACGCGGCUGGAGUGGCCGCGCGGCGGUGACGGCACUGUCUUCGAGGCGCGUCCCCUGCGCGAGGACGGUGACGGCGAGCUGUGGACGCGCGCCGCGGCCGCUCGCACCUCGCUCGUCGAACAGACGGCCGACCUGGACGACCAGCUGGCUACGCGCUACUUGGAGGCGGCGUCGGCGACGGAGGUGGACGGCGACGAGCUGCGCACGGCGCUGCGCCGGCUGACGCUGCGCCGCGCCGCGCUACCCGCUCUCUGCGGCAGCGCCUACCGCAACACCGCUGUGCAGCCGCUGCUGGAGGCGGUGUUGCACCUGCUGCCGACGCCGGCCGAGCGCCAGCCGGAUGCCGCCCGGCUCUACGGCGACACGCUCUGCGCGCUCGCCUUCAAGACGGUGCACUGCCGGCAGCGUGGCGCACUGACGUACGUGCGCGUGUAUUCGGGCGAGCUGAAGCCGGGCCAGCGGGUGUACAACGUGACGCGCGGCCAGGCCGAGCGGCUCGUGCGCGUCAUGACGCCCAGCGCCGAGCAGCUGACCGAGGAGGAGGCCGUGGCCGCCGGGCACAUUGCCGUUGUCAGCGGCCUGAAGGCGACCGGCACCGGCGACACGCUGACAGCCAGCCAGUCGGCGGCGGCGGCGGCGCGGCGGCGGGCCGGCGCCGCCGGCAGCGCCGCGCUGCUCGGCGUGCCCGUGCCGGAGCCCGUCUUCUUCUGCUCGGUCGAGCCGCCGUCGCUGGCCAAGGCCAAGGCGCUGGACCAGGCGCUCGAGUGUCUGCAGCGCGAGGACCCCAGCUUGCGCGUCACGCACAACGAGGAGACGGGCCAGACGGUGCUAGCCGGCAUGGGUGAGCUGCACCUGUCCAUCGUGCGUGACCGCCUGUCGCGCGAGCACGGCGUCGACGCCGAGAUGGGCGAGCCGCAGGUGUCGUACCGCGAGACGCCGCGCGCCGCCGCCGACCUGCGCCAGCGGCUGGCGCGCCGCAUCGCCGACACGGCACACGAGGUGGAGCUGCACCUGCAUCUCAGCCCGCAGGAGGAGGCGCCGCGGCCGCCGCGCCUGCUGCUGGCGCCCACCGAAGAGAGCGCCGAGCAGCUGCGCCUGCUGCGGCCGCGUCUUUUGGCCGCCGCCGAGCGCGGCGUGCUGGCGGCGCUGGCGCACGGGCCCGUGCUCGGCUGUCCCGUGGUCGGCGUGCAGCCGCGCCUCUCGUGGCUGCAGGUGGCGCCGCGCACGGCCGAGCACGUGGUGGCGGCGGCCGCGUCGCGCUGCACGGCCGAGCUGCUGCGCGCCGCCGGCUGCCGCCUGCUGGAGCCGGUCAUGAGUCUGCAUGUGACGACGGAUGCUGCGCACCUGAGCGCCGUGUUGGCCGACCUGGCCGCCCGGCGCGCGCAGAUCAGGGACGUGCGUGAUUGGCAGGGCGACAAGCUGGUGCUGAGCGACACGCCGCUGGCUGAGCUGCGCGAUUACUCGACGGCGCUGCGCACCCUCAGCUCCGGCACGGCCACCUUCAGCAUGGAGCUGAACUCGUACCAGCCGAUGUCGGCUCACCAGGAGGACAGCGCCGUCGAAAGCGUGACCGGCUUCAGGCCGCACUGAUGGACUGGCGGCGGUGAUCCGCGGUUCUGCCAGCAUGCUGAGGAUGACUCUAGUCUUUUAGCAAUUACUGGACGCAUGUUAUGACUGCUGGCACCGGCAGUGCAUGGCUGGAAAGCCGGUCCCAGCCAGUUGUUUGACGCAGUGGCUACAGCAGCUUAGCUGUUGUUGACCAUUGGUCCAUCAGGCAGUCGGGCAGGGCCUUAAGCCAUGGAUCUAAUCACGCCUAUGCCCGUAUCCCCAGAAACAUGCAUUGAGAUGUGUACGCCCUGGUGCCGUGCCGUGGCUACAGCAGAUUUUGCUAUAGCAGAUUUUUUGUUGGAGAUGACCAGAGAACAUAUUGUUUUUUAAAAGAAUAACAUGAUUGAUGAAUAAUUGCGUUUUCCAGUGCUGCCAACUCGCGUUGCUUGAUGCUUCGGGGGUCGUGUACUUAAUGUUGCGCUCAGCAGCUUUUCAAGUCUACAGAAUAUGCUGAUGGCCGUGUGUU